UUUGUGAGAAAUACCCCAAAAUGCCGGUCAGUGCCAUUGCCAUGCUAGGGCGGAUUCAGCAGGGUCGCCUCUAGGACCCAGCAGUGCAGCCGGUCAGGUAGGCUCAGCUCGUAGACUAGAGAGAGGCAGACAAAGGCAGAGAGAGCUCGUGCCGCUAUCCUGCAGCAUCCACACCCACCCACCUCACUCCAAACGCUCCAGCGCGGACUUCCCAGAGCUCAGCACAACCAGCACCUCUCUACCACGGACCCCCCCUGACAUCUGUCACCAUGGAGCUGGACUUCGGCCAUUUUGACGAGCGCGACAAGCCCCGUACCCCACGGGGUGGGCGCAUGAACGGGCUGCCUAGCCCCACCCACAGCGCCCACUGCAGCUUCUACCGCACGCGCACCCUGCAGGCCCUCACCAACGAGAAGAAGGCCAAGAAGGUGAGGUUCUACCGCAACGGAGACCGCUACUUCAAGGGCAUCGUGUAUGCCGUGGCCGUGGAACGCUUCCGCACCUUCGACGCCCUCUUGGCCGACCUGACGCGCUCGCUCUCCGACCACAUCAACCUUCCCCAGGGGGUCCGCUUCAUCUUCUCCAUUGACGGAACGCGGAAGAUCACCACCAUGGAUGAGCUGGAGGAAGGAGAGAGCUACGUCUGUGCGUCCGAGAACGUCUACAAGAAGGUUGACUACACGAAGAACGUCAACCCCAACUGGUCUGUGAACGUGAAGGCCUCGGCCAGCCAGAAGAACCUGCAGAGCCUGGCCAGCAAGCAGGCCAACGAGGCCCGGGAGGGUAAGGAGUUUGUUCGCCCCAAGCUGGUGACGGUGAUGCGGAGUGGCGUGAAGCCGAGGAAGGCCGUCCGCGUGCUGCUCAACAAGAAGACAGCGCACUCCUUCGAACAGGUGCUCACCGACAUCACAGAGGCCAUCAAGCUGGAGAGCGGCGUGGUCAAGAGGAUCUACACACUGGACGGAAAGCAGGUCACCUGUCUUCAGGAUUUCUUUGGUGAUGAUGAUGUCUUCAUUGCCUGUGGCCCUGAGAAGUUCCGCUAUGCCCAGGAUGACUUCUCUCUGGAUGAGAAUGCGCUCUACCCCUCUGGAACCAAACCCAAAUCAGCCCAGGGGGCCUUUAAUAACCAAGAAGGGUGCAGGAUGAUGAAGAAGAAAGGUUCUAAGAGUCCAGGUCCGAUCCGGCGCAGCAAGUCUCCUGCUGAAUCGACCAACGGGACGGGCUCCAGCAGCCAGCUCUCUACCCCAAUUUCCAAGCUGUCCCCCACCUCCACCCCCAACAGCCCAGGCAUCCACCGCAAGCAGUCCCCCACCUCCACCCCCAACAGCCCAGGCAUCCACCGCAAGCAGAAGGAUCUCUACCUGCCCCUAUCUCUGGAUGAUGAUGAUUCUCCAUGUUUUUCCCUGUAGGAUCUCUACCUGCCCCUAUCUCUGGAUGAUGAUGAUUCUCCAUGUUUUUCCCUGUAGGAUCUCUACCUGCCCCUAUCUCUGGAUGAUGAUGAUUCUCCAUGUUUUUCCCUGUAGGAUCUCUACCUGCCCCUAUCUCUGGAUGAUGAUGAUUCUCCAUGUUUUUCCCUGUAGGAUCUCUACCUGCCCCCAUCUCUGGAUGAUGAUGAUUCUCCAUGUUUUUCCCUGUAGGAUCUCUACCUGCCCCUAUCUCUGGAUGAUGAUGAUUCUCCAUGUUUUUCCCUGUAGGAUCUCUACCUGCCCCUAUCUCUGGAUGAUGAUGAUUCUCCAUGUUUUUCCCUGUAGGAUCUCUACCUGCCCCUAUCUCUGGAUGAUGAUGAUUCUCCAUGUUUUUCCCUGUAGGAUCUCUACCUGCCCCUAUCUCUGGAUGAUGAUGAUGAUUCUCCAUGUUUUCCCUGUAGGAUCUCUACCUGCCCCUAUCUCUGGAUGAUGAUGAUGAUUCUCCAUGUUUUUCCCUGUAGGAUCUCUACCUGCCCCUAUCUCUGGAUGAUGAUGAUUCUCCAUGUUUUUCCCUGUAGGAUCUCUACCUGCCCCUAUCUCUGGAUGAUGAUGAUUCUCUUGGCGAGUCUAUGUAGAGCUUCCUGUCUGUCUGUCAGUCAGCUGCUGCUGCCUGCUUGUCUCACCCAGGCCUACCUACCACUCAGAUGUAUCUCUGAUGCUCUCCACCUUCACUAACGGCCAGCGCCCUCUAGUGUUCCUGGAGGACUUCUCCAUUUGAUCUCUCCCUGGUGCCACGCGUUAAGUCUACCUGGCUUGGCCACCACGGCUGUUCCACCUUUUGCUGCUUGAGAAUUCACCACUAGAUCAUGUUUUUAUAUCCUAUGUUGUUAAGAAUGUAUAUGCUGGGCGUAUACGACAAUGAUGUACGAAUUACCGCCUCUAACAAAUUCACCAAAUCAUUAUAUUGUGUGAAGGUUCACUAUUACAUGUUUGUUGUUAUACUUUCAAAGGAGAGCACAUCAUUUAUUUACAAGCAAUUUCAAAAAGGCAGUUCCCACAAUAUAUCUACGGUGUCUUUUUAACUUGAAAACCAUGCAUCCUGAUAUAGUGCAAACAACACAUUUUCCAAAUUCAAGUGAACAAUUCCAAGCAGCAAAUGGACUAUUUAUCCAGGGGUGUAGUAGUCAGACUUGAGUCAAAGUUUGAAUAAUGUCUCUCUGUCCAUCUCUCUUUCUGUGCUAUGGUUCAAGGUGUUAAAGUAAUGAACAUUUUUAGUUUUAGGGGAAGGCUCUUUAGCCAUGAGAGUUGAAUGUCCUUUUCAUCCGCUGUAAAUACUGUGUGUAGCCAUCGCUACAUCCCAGCUAAUGCCUAACAUUCAUGCUUCCAUCGAGCGUCAAUACAAUGUCUGCCAAACGUUGAAUCAACAUAACAUGUUUUUCAUCUAUCUAUGAGGGAAAAACACUGCAAGGCACAGGAGCCAAGAAGCUCUGAAACCGUUAGAGUAGGAGUACUGGGGAGAAGUCCUCUUAGUGUGUAGAAGCCAACCAACCAACCAAAGCCAGAAAAUGUGGCCCUUUUUUUAAAAACAAACAAGCACAUCUUUUUUUAUUAAAAAAGGGUUUAGGAUUUUUAAGUCUAUUUUAGCAUGAUUAUCUUUCCUCCUUUUUCAAACUGAUUCUAAGGAGACUUUAAUGUUCAUGUGAUGAAGCCAGGUGUACUAUAUUGAGGCAAGUUUUGAAUAAACGAGCAAUGUGGAAAUCUGAAAUGUAGAUAAUCUGUAAUGCCCCAGUAGAGUCAUACGUGUAGGCUACAUGUACUGUCUGUAUGUUACUGGGACCUCCCAUUAGUCCAAUUUGACCAGACCAUGUCCAUAUAGGGGAAAUAGUUUUUCACCAGCAUAGAAAAACAAUAAGUAGAGCUUCUCACAUUUUGCAUGGCUAGAUCUUGUUUAUUUUUUUCUUAGUGCUUAAUGAUUGAAUACAUCGUUUUUAGAUAGGAGGAAAUUGCAUUUUUGGAUUUGUUCAAAAAAAAGUUGCAUUUUAUUGUUGAUAAAAUGAUGUUAAAAGUAAUAUACAUAUAUGUCUAAAACAAUAACACAUGAAUGGUUAUAAUAAUGUCAUGUUCCUGGAGAGAAUGUCCAAUGAAAUCUGAUGGACACAAUGUGUAAUGCAAAGGGAAUUAGUGCAGGCAUACAGGGACAUUUUUCUGUGGCAGUCAUCACAAGGAAUAGUGACAUACUAGCCUAUUAGGUAGACAGACUAUGUAUUACAUAUGUCAGGUGUGCACCUCUCUCUGGAUCUACCUGACUCUGCAAAAAAAUCUGCUAAAUUGGACCCAAGUGAGCAGCGCAGCAACUAGACUUCUCCCACCCUCCUUCUGCAGGGUGAUGUCAUUGUGAUGUCAGCACUACAGCUAGUCCAACUGCAGGUCCACUUUUACCCCGUCUGGGAAUCAACACUGUGUAAAAUAAAACCUUAAGAGUUUGUUUUUCUUAUGUGGACAUUUCAGUUUGACUUUCUCACCGGCUGUUUGAUAUCUUUUAUCUUUGCCCCAGAUUCUCUUCAGCUUAACAUUAAGUGUCAGUAGUUUUGUGUGAAGCUGCGGUCACCAUGUCAGACAGAAGGUGGGAACCACCUCUCAGCUCCAGUGUUGCCUUUUUUUGGGGGGAUAAAAAAAAAGAAUAAUAAUAAAGAGGUAAACUAAGACUUGUUCUUUGUUAACCAACUGUAAAGCUUUUUUAAAUGUCUUUGUAGCGCUGCGGUCAGCGCAGUGUGAACUCUCAUUGUUUGUAGACUGCCAGGAUAAUAACUUUAUCAUGGUGCAAAUGUAUUGUUCUCUUUAUGACUUGGGUUACUGGGAAAUGUACAAUGUCUUUUGAUGGUGUUUUUUGCAAUGUUACAGUGGCUUGUUUCAGUGCUUCGUUCUGUGUAUUAAUCAAUUCCCUUUUGCAAUUAAAAGAGUUGUGUUCCACCUCC